AUGCUAAACUUCCUUUUCUUGCCUCUUCAGACCCAGAUCUUUCCAUCAAACCCUCCAGUCCCUCUCCCUUCUUCUGGGGACAAAAGACAGGCUUCCAGGUCUCCUUUCUCUUCCAACCCUGCCUUCUUCCCAACAGGUAUCUGCCGGUCCUGAUGUCGGUCAGACCUAGCUCGGGGCCUGGCUCCGAAGGGGCUCUCACUGUGCCUGCCGGCGACUUUGCAGAGAUUCACAACUGGAGCGAACUGCUCUACUUCUUCAACCACAGUUUGCCCGAGUGCUACGUGGAGUUCAGCGAGAGCACCAAGCGCGUGGUCCUCUUUGUGCUCUACCUGGCCAUAUUUGUGGUUGGGCUGGUGGAGAACCUCCUGGUGAUAUGCGUCAACUGGCGCUGCUCGGGCCGGGUGGGGCUGCUGAAUUUCUACCUCCUCAACACGGCCAUAGCAGACCUGGGCAUCAUCCUGUCCCUGCCUGUGUGGAUGCUGGAGGUCACGCUGGACUACACCUGGCUCUGGGGCAGCUUCUCCUGCCGCUUCACUCACUACUUCUACUUCGCCAAUAUGUACAGCAGCAUCUUCUUCCUGGUGUGCCUCAGCAUCGACCGCUACAUCACCCUCACCAACGCCUCACCCUCCUGGCAGCGCCGCCAGCACCAAGCACGGCGGGCCCUGUGUGCAGGCAUCUGGGUCCUCUCAGCCAUCAUCCCACUGCCUGAGGUGGCCCACAUCCAGCUGGUGGAGGCCUCCGAGCCUAUGUGCCUGUUCAUGGCACCCUUUGAAAGCUACAGCGCAUGGGCCCUGGCGGUGGCCCUAUCAACCACCAUCCUGGGCUUCCUGCUGCCCUUCCUUCUGAUCGCCAUCUUCAAUGUGCUGACGGCCUGUCAUCUCUGGCGGGCAGGACAGCCCGAGGGCCGGCGCCACUGCCUGCUGAUGUGUGCCUACAUAGCCGCCUUCGUCAUCUGCUGGCUGCCCUACCAUGUGACCCUGCUGCUACUCACACUGCACGGGACCCACAUCUCCCUCCACUGCUACCUGGCCCACCUGCUCUACUUCUUCUACGACGUGAUCGACUGCUUCUCCAUGCUUCACUGCGUUGUCAAUCCCAUCCUUUACAACUUUCUCAGCCCAAGCUUCCGGGGCCAGCUACUGAGUGCUGUGGUCCAUUACCUUCCCAAGGACCAGGCCAGGACGGGGAGACGGGCUUCCUCCUCCUCCUCCUCCACUCAGCAUUCCAUCGUCAUCACCAAGGAGGGCAUGCGGCCCACGGCAGGCCCCCAAGCCGUGCCCGCCCAAGCCUGAACUUUCAAGCAGCCUCUUUGCCUCCAAAUACUUUGCC